GUGAUCGCUGUGUUGAGUCCUGUGGUGAUGAACUGGACCUGCAGCAGAGUGAAGCAUCAGUGAGUGUGUGUCACUGCAGAAACAUGGGGGAAGCGGAGACUGUGCCAUCCGACGAAAAACAAGCAGAAACCGGCAUCUGUACCGCCGAGGAAUCGAUCGUAUGGAGUCAAGAAGUAGAAGUGUGUCUUUUUCACGCAAUGCUGGGUCAUAAACCCGUAGGAGUGAAUCGACAUUUCCACAUGAUCUGUAUUCGCGAUAAGUUCAGUCAGAACAUCGGCAGGCAGGUGUCAUCUAAAGUCAUCUGGGAUCACCUGAGCACCAUGUAUGACAUGCAGGCGCUGCACGAAUCAGAAAUACUCCCGUUUCCAAACUCAGAGAAGAGCUUUGUGCUGCCUGAAGAGAUCAUACAGGAUGUCAAGGAAGGUAAAGUGGGAUCUGAAGAUGACGUGAAGGAAGAGUUCAAAGAAGAAAGUGACCCACCUGCAACCCAUGAAGAAGGUCUGGGUCCCAGUAUGGCUGGCCAGGAUUUUGCGAGGUAUGGACAGAAGAAAACGUUUCGCUCUGUUCCAAAACUCCAGCUUGAGCUCAGUACAGACCAGCUCAUUACCAGAGGCCUCUGUAGACAGCCUUCAGAGACCUCUGACCAUGUGCGUCUUUCUCUCCGUCUUUCUUUCGCUGUCCUUCUUUCUCUUUCUCUUUUGUCUUUUUUUGUGUGUUCUGUGCACCCUAGCUUGUUAUUAUUCUCUGUGUGUAUGAAGCAUGGCAUGUUGAGGGUUUGUUGAACAGCAGCAGAAGCUUUAUAUGAUAAUGAGAUCCCUUGCAAGUUCACCGGCUUUUCCGAAAUUUCCAGUCAAGGUUGAAGAAAUAAUAUACGCUGGUUCAGCCUUCAAUCUGAAAAUUGUUAUUUGUUAAAGCAGACAGUAAAAUUUGGUUAUUAAAAUCUCAAACAUAAUUCUAGGCUUGAAAACCAUAAGAGAUACAAGUUCUGUUCCAAAACCUGGUGUUUUGCCCCAUACUUAUUGCCUACAUGGCAUAUCAACUUUAUAAAUGACUGAUUUUGAACCCUCUACAUAGGCAGUGGUAUCAUAAUUAUUAGACAUUUUUCAUGUCAAAAGUUCAUUUUCUUGAAUCGAUUUUAAGUCAGCACAUUCUUGCAGCUUUCAUUUCAGAUUCUUUACCAUAUACUUGAAUUCUUAAAAAGGCAAUUUGUGCUGUCAUGUCAAAACACACAACUUUAUGUAGGCAUACAAAUAGCACACAUGCACUCAAAACAUAUUUUGAGUAGAAUGUUGUGUUAGCAUGUUGCUUACGAUACAAUAAGCUAAUAAGCAUAAGGUGUGUUCACAUUAUUUCAGAAUUAUCAUAAUUAUGAGUGUAUGACUUGAAAAAAAUCAUUCAUGUCCUCAUUGACUUGUAAACUUGGAAUUUUCUGAGAGCUCAAAUUUGUACAACCUGUUCCACAUCAUACACAAAUUCGUAACUAGUAAUAAGAUAUUGUGGUUUUGUCUGUUGAUGACGCAAAUUACACCGAUUAAUUUAGCCAUUAAUGGUGUUGCCAAGAUUCCGAGUCCAAGGACGUGAACAGCUCUGAGAAGAACUGUGGUAACUACAACAUGCUGUGAACACAACAAUAUACAGAGUACACAAAUAUAGGUUCAAAUACUGAAUGGAAAUUAAAACCAUUACCAUUUCUCUUGCUUUGCCCAUCUAGGAUUUUGCACUGCACAUUGUAGCGCAUUAGGGGAUUCCUUUUCCACAGUGCUGUCUUAAAGGCCCCGAUAUACUUCAAACAAAGUUAGUUUUCGUUCUUCAUUUAGGGGCAAAAUGAAGUUCGAAAAGGCUAAGUGAUGGUACAUUGUUUUCGAACGUUCCAACACCCCCCGCGCUGCUGGAGGCGGGGUGUAGAUUAAUGUAAACAUGUGUCGCAACGCUCACGUGUCUGCUCUAAACACAACAACGAUGGUGUAUCAAGGUCUUUUAUUACACUGGAUAAAUUAUUACACGUUUUUCUAUUUUAUGUGUUGUCAUAAUUUGAUAAAAACAAAGGUUUAUUAUUGUAUGUUCUUUUGGCAUUUCAUUUAUCGUAUAACUUUUAAAUUAGCUUAUUGAAAGAACAAAAGCAGCAGCAGUAUGGUGUAACAUUUAUUUGAAAUGCAUGUAUUUGGUACUUGCUACCUUAUAUCUUUACUCUUUACUUUCAUUCUUUUCAUGGCUUUGGAAAACUUGCAUCUGAUGUUUCUCUGUCGCUUUUUGCAUAACUCCGGGUCGUCAACACCAAGCUUCGUUGCAAUUUCUUUCUAGGAAUUAAAUGCUUUCUCUGAAUCUUUAAAGUCUCUCCGCGAGCGAUCGUACAGGUGCGGAUAUAUCAAAUGUGGUCAAAGAAGGUGGAGUUCCAGAACACACCCAACGAUUGCGUAAUCGCCACGGACCAAUGGUAGCUCAAAGGUGUUUAGGAGCCAAAACGAGCUCCCCAGAAAGUUCGGAUUGGUGAGCUGUUUCGAAUUGCCGAAAUGAACUCAAAACGAACUUCGUUUCUGCCUGAUUUUGUUCGAAAUGACGUCUUAUCAGUUCGUUCUUCGAUUUCGUUUGAAGCAUAUCGGGGCCUUUAAUAUUCGGCUAAAAUGUAGGGUUUGGAACAGAGUGCCAGUCUAGUACCUGCUACUUGAAGUAACUUAAUGGAUAGAUUUUGGAUUAUUGGUGAACUAUAUGUGAAUGAAGGCGUAAAGUAAUAGUUCACCCAAAAAUGAAA